AUGGGGGAGUCCACGGCUGGGAGGGUCACCUUCUGGUGGCCGGCCACCCUCCAGCACUCCCGCCUGCAGUCGCUCCUGGUCCAGAGCUGCAAGCUGGGGUACAUUAACUACCAACACGCGCACAUCGUCAUUGCCCCCCCCUCCGUGGCGCGCUGGCUGUCCCCUGGGCUGCUCCCUCUCCAGCCGGUUGAGGGUCCAGAUCCCACCCUGUGGUCGGCCCAGGUGGGAUCCUGGGAGCUCGAGGUGCAGCUGGUGUACCGCCCCGACACAGACUGGAUCCCCGCAGCAUGGGUAUACCCCGCCGAGUCGGCCGCCGGGCCCCCGCCCGAGGCGCGGGUGGAGGUCUACUCGGGCCUGCCCGCGCUGCCACGCUGGAUGCUGAGCGAGGCGGGGCUGGCACGGGUUGAGCCUGGGUCCAAGGGUCGACGCCCCACGGCUCUGAGGGUGCUGGCCUGCAUGGCCACCGUGGUGUGCCUGGCCCGCCACCCGCGCUGGACCCGGGUCGACCCCGGCCCUGCCGCGCUCAUGGUUGUGUCGCUGAUGGCCUGGCUCGGCGACGCACAUCCCGCAGGCUUCAAGCUGCACCCCCAGCUCUGCGAGCUCCUCUCCCUGGCCGGCACGGCGCACGCCCGGCUGUGGCUGGCCGUGACGCCCUGGGCCGCCACCCUCCUCCUGCGCCUCAUGUUGGGUGCGUGCGUGCGUGCUGGGUCCUGA